UUCGUCUGAUUGAAGAGAUAAGAUCAAAAAUAUUUUGAAAUAACUUUAAGACAAUAUUUAUGCAAAAUUAUAAAUUCAUUUUUAUGGAGAUAAAAUGUAAGUGCAUAAUUUGUAACAUAUCAAACAUUAUACCGACGAACAAGCUAAAGUUAGCCUCAGUAGACAGUACCUGCGAACUAACACCUUACAGCGGUAAAAUUCAUACAGUUGAUGGACACACACUAUGACUUUUGGACUUCAUGAUUGCCUUUGUUUUGUGAUCUUCAUACUUACUGUUGGAAAACUGCAAGGUCAAUCACAGGUACCAGUGAUAGAGGGUGUUGUUACAUCCAAAGAUGGCCGACAGGAAGUUCAUGGGUAUGAGGGUAGAAGUUUAACUGUGACAUGUACAUCUGAGCUGGACGAAUUAACAUUAAUGUAUAAUAAUACUUUCUACAAUGAAACAACGCUGAAUAAUGGAAGUUACUCAGUAAACUUCACAAUCAUGGCUGUGCGAGGGGAUGAUGGACAGAACAUUACUUGUCAGUCAGUUAACUCAACAGAUGGAGGAGAGUAUGAGUCCUGGGCUGUCAUAUAUUUAAGUUUAAAACCAACUGACGUUAGAUUAGAAGGUGUAUUUUCAGUAGAAGAAAAUGAUAAUGCAACUUUCACAUGCACGUCCAUAGGAAGUCGUCCUGCACCAGAUGUGACCACGUUUUAUAUUAAUAAUGCAGUCGUAAAUAAAUCAUCCACUGUUGUGUAUGACAAUACUACAGACACCUAUACAGCGUCUGUGACUGAGACUAGAAUGAUAGAUAGAGGGUAUAAUAGUGUGCCUGUUUUUUGUUAUGUGGCAAUGACAAAUUUAGCAUAUACCAGCUUUGACAGUAAGAGAUUAGAAGUACAUUAUGGUCCUGACAUUGGCAAUGUUCAGCUGACUGGAGGUACUUCCGGAGAUGAAGGAUAUACAGAAACCUAUAAAUGCAACACUGGAUAUACUAACCCUGUUGCAACUAUUAAUUGGUUUAAUGGCUCAGUAGAAAUUUUUCCACCAAACUCACCAGAUGUUGUUGAACAUAAAUCAACUCAGGCUUUUUAUAUAAGGAAAUGGUACAGUUCUUCCCAAGAAUGGAAGAUUAAAUUCAGUAGAUACCACAAGGGUACAGUUAUAAAGUGUGUUGUUUUGGGUUCAAACAAUAAAUCAGUCACAGUUUCAAAGACAAUAUCAGAUAUAUAUUAUUUGUCACAGUUACGAAGACAAUAUCAGAUAUAUAUUGUAAGUACAGUUAUAAAGUGUGUUGUUCUGGGUACAAACAAUAGAUCUGUCACAGUUACAAAGACAAUAUCAGAUAUAUAUUACAAACCAGAGUUAGAGAUUACAGGGCACCAGUUGAUAGAUAAUGUAACAGGACACUAUAUCUAUAAUGAAGGAGAAACACUAAAUUUGACAUGUACCUUGUUAGGAGCUAAUCCAAUUACUACAGUUACCUUUAGUAGUCCUGGAACAUCAGGAUCGACUACAGCAUCUUUGAUCAUACCAGACAUCAAAAUACAUCAUGACAAUGACUUUUUUUACUGUUCAUCAACUAACUCUGCUGGGUAUACUGACAUUACUAUAAGGCUUGAUGUUCAAUAUGGUCCUCAUAUAUCUAGCAGAAGAAGUUAUCAUGCUGAAGAGGGUGGAAACAUAACUCUUGAAUGCAUUGUGACCUCAAAUCCACCUGCCACAGUCUGGUGGGAAAAAGAGGGAGAUAACUCUACACGUUACAAUGGUAACAUGCUGGAUCUGACAUCGACUAAUAGAGACCAGGGUGGAUCAUACAUAUGUUAUGCAGCUAGUGACAGGAAAUCUGAAAGUGGGAUAACACAAGUUAUAUCUAAUGAGACUUUUGUAGUAGACAUUCAGUAUGGUCCAGGAUCAUCAAUACGACUAAGCCCCAAUAUCACAUCAAUAGAACUUGAUACUGGUACCCAGGUUCCUGUAAUUAGAUGUAUUGCUGACUGUAACCCAGAGUGUCAAUACACCUGGUACUUUACCAGUGGUAUGGUCAAGACAGGUUCAGAGCUCAACUUAGGCAAUGCAAGUAGUUACUGGCAUAUUGGUGAAGUUAAAUGUAAAGCUAAGAACAAUGUCUUCAGAACAGAGUACACAGCUUAUAUUAAUUUUACCAUGUAUAUCCGACAUCCACCCAGUAUUGAAAAGGUAGAUAUUAACAGUUUUAACUGGUAUAGUGAGGGCAGUGAAAUCAUAGUCACAUGUGAUGUGGAAAGUUAUCCACAGGCUAAUAUUACAUGGUACAGAAAUAAUAUGGAAGUUCUCACACCAGAUACUUACUACACCAAUGAGACAACAACAUGUCAGUAUGAUUGUUCUACUAAGGGAAUUCUGACUAUAGAACAUGCAGAGUGUUUAGAUCACCGAAGUCAUUAUACUUGUAAAGCUGAAAAUAUCAUAGAUCAAACUGUUAUGGAGUCACAUAAUUUUGUCAGCAUUCAAUGUUAUGCCAGGCCAGCUCAUGAUAAUGUUUACAACUUUACAUUACGAGAAGGAGAAGGAAUAAAUUUGACUGCCAAUUAUUUAUCAAUCCCUACUCCAAGUGUCAUAUGGUAUUUUAAACGCACACUAACCUCAACGAACAGGAGUGUAUAUGUAGACUCAUCAUAUGGCGGACAAGAAAACUUCUACUACAUAUCACAAUAUGAGAUUAAGGAUAUAAAAUCUUAUGAUUUUGGUCAAUAUUUGGCUGUUGCUAACAAUUACGUCGGAAAUGUGACAGAUUCAACCAUUAUAUUCAACAUUUUUCAGGAUAAAACAGGUUGGCCUCUUAGACCAUUUGGUUUAGAAGUAAGAUGUACAGAAAACUCAGCAGAAUUUAGUUGGAUAUCAGCAUACAAUGGUGGCAGUAUUCAGACUUUCACUGCUUACUAUUCUUAUCAUAAACCUGGUAAUAAUAUCAGAGGACCAGAGGAAAUUACAGAUACUGGAGAGGGCACCCGUAUCAAAGUCAAUAUACAGCCAUUAGAUACUGGGUUUCCAUUUUUCUUCACCGUCUCAGCUAGAAAUAUAAAUGGUACAACAGAGUCUGGUACCUAUGUUAAUUGUACUACUUCUGAGACAGAAACAUUAUCACCAAAAUCAAGAGAGCAAAAGUCAUCAAACAAUGCAGGAGUGAUUGCUGGUGCAGUUAUUGGUGCUAUCCUAUUCAUAGUAAUAGUUGCUGUUGUUGGGUUUAUUGUUGCUAAAAGGAUCAAGAAAGUUAAAGGGAAUGUAAAAUUUGCAGAUCUUCAUUUAAGUUUUUAUAAAAGUAAAGAUUGA